AUGAAAUUCUUUGAUUGACAAAUUUAGCUAGUCUUUUUUCGAAUAAGUAAAUGUGGGAGAAAAAUAUUUAUAUUUUUAUUUUUUAAUUAAACAUUAAAGAGAUAUGAGUAACAGUGGAAAAUUCGUGGAUCGCAAUCCGACGUUGCGUGCAGCUGGAAAAUCUUUCAUAUCGAAAGACAAAGCCGAGGACGCAUUGAAAAUGUAUUCAACGGAGGAGGCAGCAGAAAAUGUAAUGCUUACAAAAUGUCUACUUAAAAACAAGAAAUCGCGUGCCGACUUAUUGCCAUUCGAGCGUUAUAUACCAGAAGAGAACAUCAAAGAAUUAUUGAGUCCUGAAUUAAAAAAGAGUAGAUUUGUUGUAUUUCGAGAAAAAUUCGCCGAAAAUAUGUAUUUCAAGAAAUCGGAACUGGGUAAAGUUUUUCCAUUAGACUCCAAGCCUGAGAACAUUACAAAUGAUAAUACGACUUUUGGCGACUUCACGAAGAGAUCUGAAUCUUUAUAUGAUCUUAUAUUACCGCCUAAAUCACCAGAGGAGGUGAACCGCGAAUAUGUCAACUGGCAUGAGAAGUACAUUAUAAGCCACAAUCAUUACUUACCUGCGGAGCAAAUAAGAAGGCAUUACACAAAGCCGUUCGAUAAACAGAAUCACUUUGGUAUAAUCUAUGAUGUGGACUUCAAUGGGAAAUAUGUUAAAAAAGCAAUGGAACAAUGUGAUAACCUGAUUGUUAUAAGCAAAGCUCAGAAAGAGUAUCUUGAGAGAACUUUGGGGCGCUUGGGUUGCAGUAUCACCAGAGAAAAUCGUUAUAUCACACCCGACAUGUCUUUCGGUGCCCCUACUGGAGCAGAUGAAUGUGAUGUGAAGACAUUAAUGCAACUACAGAAUCAAUGUGAAAGAUCAAGUCCUCUUAUUACUGCGUUGGGUCAUUUGAACAAAGUGCGCCAGAGGCUUUUCGAACGUAAAAACUUUCAUAUGCAGGACUUAAAAUUGGCUUUGGAGAAGCAGGACAUUAAAAAAACUGGGCUUUUAACAUUGAGUCAAUUAUUUGAAAUUCUGCGACAAGAGGGAGUUUAUUGUAAUUCGGAUAAGAUAACGAUUGCGCUUCGACAUUUCAAAUUAAUUGAAAACGAAGGUCUACCAACAGAAGGUGUGAAAUAUGAGGAGCUAUGGAAAUUAAUACACGUUCAGUAUCCUAUUCCCAAAAUUGGUAAUAUAUCAAAAAUGCCUCCGAAUAUUUACAACAAGAAAACUACCUACCGAUUAUUGUGUCAAGAUCGCACAAAACCUGCAAUUGAAUCGAUACCGUUAAAACGUUUUGAUCCAGAGAAAAGUUCAGAGCCCACGACGGUCAAAGAUGUUAUUUCACCUGAUAUACCUAUGCACUUUGGUUUAGGUCCAAGUGAUUUUGCCAAACUACGUCCAAAAGAAGAAUUGCGUCGAAUAUUUAAACGUUUACUAGAUGAAGAAAAAUUCGAUAUGGUUUGGGAUGCUACGCAUAAUAAAUUGAAACGAGCAAACGAAUUGAUUUCGGUCGACGAAAUACACGAAGCUAUGAAUAGCAAUAAUAAUUGGCCUUAUUAAAAUUUCUUUGGUCUACGUCUACUUUAUCCAAAUUCAAAAAAUCAUAAACAA